GAUUUGAAAUCUUCUGGGAUCGAGUUAAAAUAUAGCAACCACAGCUGUUAAUUUUAAUAAUAAUGACAUUUUUUAUAUACUUUUAACAAACUAAAAACAGGUUACCAGUGUUCUAACUGCUCGUUUGUGACAAGUUACAAAAUUUCCGAAUUCCAAAAUGCCUGUGGAACACACUCUAGCAUUGAUCACUCCUGAGGGAAUGCCACAUGCAAAGAAAAUAAUCUCCCGUAUCAAGAAAGAAGGCUUCACAAUUUUGGCCAGAAGAACCGUUCAUUUGACUCCGGAACAGGUGAGUGACUUCUACUACCAUCUCUACGGACAAAGGGAUUUCCCUCUGUUAGUAGCCUCGACAUCAGUGGCCCCCGUUACUGCUCUUUGCGUGGGCAGGCAUCGUGCCGUAGAAAAACUGGUGGAGAUCGUGGGCCCCAGAGACAUAGCUGUAGCUAUAAGAGACGCCCUUGGGUCUUUGAACGCACUUUACGGCAGCGUUGAGUGUAACCUUGCUGCGGUGCACGCUAGCGCGGACCUGAAAGCAGCGAGAAGGGAGAUUUUCUUCUUCUUCCCACAGUGUCAAGUGGAGCCAUGGACCGGAUUAGAAGAAGGAUUGGAGUGGUUGGAAGAGCACGUGAAGCCGCUGCUGAAGGAGGGACUAGCGCAGAUGCUGAAGGAGAAGCCUGCUGAACCCAUGCUGUGGUUGGCAGACUGGCUACUUCAAAACAAUCCUAAUCAACCACAGGUGGAACAGCAUCUCCGCCAUCAUCCCUUGUCAAAACUCCCUAAGUAUUAAAAAGACAUUUGAUAUUGAAA